AUGAGUCGAAAGAUCUACGAUCUAAUUGAUAUAAAUUGGAUUCAAUCUGCAAUUGAACAAAUUAAUCAAGGUCAAAAACUCAAAACAAUACUUAGCAAUGUCCAACUCACUGAUGGACGCAUUAUACCAUCAAUAUCUAAAAAAACAUUCCACUUAGCAAUUAAAUCAAAUGGAAUUCCUGACACAAAAUUUAAACCAGGGCGUAAACCAAUCGAACCACCUGAGGAAUUAUUAGAUACAGUAAAUAAAUUACAUCAAAAAGUUAAAAAAAUCGGAAUAUCAAGAGCAUACGGAAGAAUUAUUACCGAUAAGGAUAUGUUAAUUCAAAGGGAAACCGAAAAUGCUAAUCAUGAUUUAGAUGAUUUACCAAUUUCACAAUUAAAUAC